AGCCACACCCACGCCCACUAAGCUUCCUUCGCCUCUCACCUUCACAAAUACAAUGCAGAAAAACCAACUCCUCUUCUUCCUCUGUUUCCUCUGCCUCUUCUUCUUCUCCCUACAACCAAUCCCAGCCCUUGGAGACUCCCCUCCCGAAACCGACGGCCCCGAUUUCAUCCGCGCUAGCUGCGGCGCCACCUUAUACCCCGACCUUUGCUACGCCUCGCUCUCCGGCUACGCCGACGUCAUCGAGCAAAGCCCCGCCCAGCUGGCCAAAGUCGCCGUGACUAUCUCCCUCUCCAAGGCCCGCCACGUGGCCUCCUACAUCUCCAACAUCUCCCGUGACGGCGACUGCUGCAGCGAGCCCCGCGCCGUCGCCGCCCUCCACGACUGCGCCUCCACCUUCGGCGACGCCGUGGACGAGAUACGCGGCUCUCUCAAGCAGAUGCGCCAGGCUGGCGCCGCCACCGCCGGCGAGUCGUUCCGGUUCAUGAUGUUUAACGUGCAGACGUGGAUGAGCGCCGCCCUUACCAACCAGGACACGUGUACCGACGGAUUUGAGGAUGUUUCCGAUGAGACCUUGAAAACGAACGUCUGCGAUCAGGCGGUCACUGCGAAGAAGUUCACGAGCAAUGCUCUGGCGUUGGUUAAUAGUUACGUUGACAGUGUGGGAACUCCCUAAGGGCGCGUUGUUAACCGUUCGAUUCAGUGAAUUAUGAUCUUCUUUCUCUCUCUCUCUCUUUUUUAUUUUUUUUAGGGUGGUUUGGAUUCAGUGAAUCUAAAUCUAAUAUAUUACGUUGUAAAACAUACAGAUAUAUGUAUAAGAAAUGUUUUUGCUUUUAAUUAAGAGGAAAAGGACAUGUUUGAAUGUUAUGGGUGGUGACUGUAAGUUUUUAGUGGGAUCUCCCUCAGUCGCGCACCCACCUCCUGUUUGAAUAAAAGAUAAUCAGUGAGAAUAAACAGAGUGUCUUCUUCUA